AUGCCUCCCAAGAAGAACACCGACGGAGAGUCCUCCUCCUCCUCCUCUCUCAACGAGGGCGACUCCCGCUUCAUCAAGGCCAUGUUCGACAACAUGAACUCGCGCCCCGACAUCGACUGGGACAAGCUCGGCAAGGACAUGAGCAUGACUCCCAAGUCCGCCAAGGAGCGCCUCCGCAAGAUGAGCAAGCGCUACAACUGGAACACUGACAGCGGCGGCAGCUCCGGUGGCUCCCCUGCCAAGACCAAGGGCCCCCUCGCUCCGAAGAACACCGGCAAGGUCGCGAAGACUGGCACUCCCAAGAAGGGAACCGCACAAAAGAAGGGCAAGUCGAAGAAGGAUGAGUCCGACGACGACGAGGACAUCUCCUCCAAGCUCGGAUCUGACUCUGACGGAAAGGCUGUCGCUCAGGAUGAGUUCAUGGCUAGCACCAGUGAAUCUGACGAGUAG